GAGCUGCAGAGGGCGGGGAUGCUCUGUUUCCGGGGAUAAAGACCCGCCAUGUUCAGCAGUUUAGCUUGAGCUCAAUACACACUACUUAGCCCUUACGAGCUUACCAGACAACUAUAUAGUUGUAGCGUCUUUAUUCAAUCUUCGUCUCCUAAAUGCCUCCCAGCACUUUCUCUUACUCUAUCGUCGAUGUUUGGGCCAAUCCGCCCGGCCUGGGUACAGCCAUCCUGAGACAGACAACCUCUUUACCUACAGCCAUGCCGACCCUGAAUGGGCCCGCCGCAAACGCAGCCCAGAGGAAGUCGUCGCGCUAAUGGAUGAGGCGGGAAUCUCGCAUAUGUGCAUGUCCGCCUGGCAUCGUCCUGGACGUGCGACCUUCUCGAAUGAAGAUGUCGCCGAAUACACACGAGCCUUUCCCGAUCGCAUUUUCGGCCUUGCGUCGGUCGACCUGCAUGACCCAGUGAACGCGGUCAAAGAGUUAGAGCACUACGUCAAGGUUGAGGGAUUCAAGGGCCUACGGAUUGUGCCUUGGCUGUGGAGUCUCCCACCCACUGGGCCUCAUUACUGGCCGCUGUUCGUGAAGUGCAUUGAACUGGAUAUCCCAUUUCUGACUCAGGUCGGUCAUACCGGUCCCCUGUGUCCGAGUGAGGUCGGACGCCCCAUUCCAUACAUCGAUACGAUUGCACUCAAGUUUCCCGACUUGAAGAUCAUCUGUGGACAUAUUGGAUGGCCUUGGGCGGGGGAUACCGUGAGCGUUGCGUGGAAGCAUAAGAAUGUCUAUAUUGAUACCAGCGCGUGGUCGCCCAAGUACUAUGCGCCGGAGUUUCUGCAGUUCGCGAACACAACUGGUCGGUAUAAGUUCAUGUUUGGUACUAACUUUCCACAGUUACAGUGGAAGGCGUGCGUCAAUCAUGUUCAUGAGACACUGGUGGAGAAGGGUGCUUUGAGGAAGAGUGUUCUCGAGGACUUUAUGGGUCGGAAUGCUGUUCGUGUCUUGAAGCUGCCUGAACUGGGUAAACCGAUGGCCAAAUCUGUGCUGUGAUUGAGGUAUUCAUAGUAGUCUAGCUUCUUCAAU